AUGCUGGCGCUCGACCGAGCGACUGCCGCUACUCUACUUGGGUACGCGAGCAUUGGCUGCUGGCUAUGUGCCCAGUUCCCUCAAGUGGUGAAGAACUAUCAGCUGAGGUCGUGUGACGGCCUGAGUUUGCCCUUCCUCAUCAACUGGCUCUUUGGCGACCUCACAAACCUCAUCGGUUGUGUUCUUACGGACCAGCUUCCCUUCCAGACUUACCUCGCGACGUAUUUCUGUCUGGUCGACUUUACGCUCGUCUUGCAAUACUACCACUACAGUCCCAAACCCAAGCCUCACGGCACACCGCGAACGUCGCCUCAGACCUCGCUCAUUCUUCCAAGCCCAGCACCGCGUGUUCGCUCGGCGAGCCAGCUGCCGACCGCGUCCCCGCUCCCGCAUCACGCGGUGCUCGGAAGGCCGGCCUCAGGACCAGGCCGGCGGCGCACACAGCCACCCCCUGCAAGCGGGCACCCGCAUGCUAUUACAGACUCGCCUAUCUUUGCCCCUCCGCCAGACUCGGUCGAGGCAUUGUACGCGGCGGCUCUUGACGUUGCACGCGCAGCAGAGCGCGUGUCGAACCGCCGCUCCCACUCGGGCCGCCCACGGGCAAGACACGCCGUGACUGUGCCCGUGGCAGACCACCCGUCCGAUGACGCGCUCAUGGAGAGCUUCCACUCGGAGCUCAGCUUGGCGUCUGCAAGCACCGACGACGACGAGGCCCACCGCCGCAUGACGCAGAGCACGGGCGCACUUGAUCCGCGCGGACGGACGCUGGCGCGCGCAACGGUUGCUGGUGGGAUGACACCGCUAGGCGAGCAGAUCGACACCCUCGACGAGCUGCCUGACUCUGGCAUGCUCGAAAUCCGUCCUCGUGGAGAGAGCCGUAGCCAGAGUCGAGCUCGCGCGGCGCGUGGAUCCGGGCGAAGGGCGGCCGGUGUGGCCUUUAUGGGUCUUGGCUUGUUGUUUUGGCACGCACCAGUGUCGACGCGUUUGAAACAACACCAGGUUGGAGAGGGUCACGUUAUCGAGCGCGACGCGACUGGGGCGUCAUCGCUCGCUUCGUCGUCGUCGGCUGUCGGCGGUUCGAUGUCUGGAGCGUGGCAGCCUCCAUGGCCUCAACACCCGCUUCCCAACCCACACCAGUACCAGUACACAACCUACGUCACCUCUGCUGGUGACCCCGACACCGCACCCGAGCCUAGCCCCCUGCCUGGCCCGGACAAGCCGCCACCGCGCCAGGAGGAGCCGAUCGACAUGAAGCAGCUUAUCGGGCGCAUCUCCGCGUGGUGCUGUACGACGCUGUACUUGACCUCCCGACUGCCUCAGAUCUGGAAGAAUUUCCAGCGCAAGUCUGUCGAGGGUCUGUCCAUCCUGCUCUUCGUGUUUGCCUUCCUGGGCAACGUCACCUACGUGCUCUCGAUUGUCCUGGUGCCCGCCCCCGAGGGCGAGUACUCGCACUAUCUCCUGCGCGCCCUGCCGUACCUCCUCGGUUCUGGCGGUACACUCAUGUUUGACCUGACCAUCAUGGUCCAGUCGGUCGUGUACGGUUCGGCACACCCUGUGGCGACGUCGCCGCUUGACGCUCGCCACCGCCGCUCAUACUCGUACGGCGCCAUCCGUCGGCGCCGCACACACACCGAGGACGGCCUCGUGACGUCGUCUGUGGGGUUGCCGUCAGAGCGCCGCCCGCUCCUGCACUCGCCCGCGAGGGCGACGACAGAGCCGUGGCAGCGUCCCGCGCCGGCCCGCACGACGAGCAAUGCGAGCCAGGGGAGCAUGAGUGGGCUGUGGAUGGCACAGUCGACCAAGCCUGGGGCAGGAGAGGUUGGGAACGGGGGAGAUGGGCAAUAG